GUUUGUGCCCGAGAGACUAGAGACUUGCUUGAUACACACAGUGCCAAUGGAAUUGUUGUGAGUGCGGAGAAAACAUCGAGUGUGGAGUGAGGGACGCUACGUGCGCCGUCCCAAGACCUACUCUGGGUUUGUUGUGAGUCCGUUUGAGUUUUGCCUUUGCUUCUCUGUGUUUGCUAUUGUAAUUACAGAACAAAAAUUUAAUUGAAUUAUGAAAAACUAAAGGCAUGAAGGUUGAAAUCAAAGAUGUGUUGCAAAUAAACUGAAAGUGGGUGCAGACCCAGGUGACUGCAUGCAAAUUUGUCAAAGGCCAUUAGUAUGGUUAUAUACAGUAAUUCUAAGUCAUCCUAAAGUUAUUGGAGCUCUACAAAGGAGUUCCUGUAGGCUUGAAACGUUUAGUGCUGCACAAUGUAGUGCUCUUCAAGACUUUAUGACUUCUCAACAUAACAAGUUUGUUAUUGAAUGAUGCAACGCUCUUGGGGGACAUAACCAUGGAGGAGACAAACGGAGGUGGUAUGCAGGUGGACUCUCCCCCUAAGGUGGGAGGGACAAUUGAGCCUCCACCAAGAGAAGAACUCGUUAUUGACCCCAUUAAUGGCAUUGUGCAACCUCCAUUCACCCCGCCUCCACAUAGACCUGGGCGUAUCACAAACCAGCUACAAUAUAUUCAGAAACAAGUGAUGAAAACAGUUUGGAAACACCAGUUUGCCUGGCCAUUUCAUCAGCCAGUUGAUGCUAUGAAGCUCAAUUUACCAGACUACCACAAAAUUAUUAAGCAUCCUAUGGACUUAGGCACUAUAAAGAAACGACUUGAAAAUAAAUAUUAUUGGAGUGCCAAAGAGUGUAUACAGGACUUCAACACUAUGUUUACUAAUUGCUAUGUGUAUAAUAAGCCUGGUGAAGAUGUAGUGUUAAUGGCACAGACGCUAGAAAAAAUAUUUUUAACGAAAGUGGCUGCUAUGCCAAAGGAUGAAGUAGAGGUGGAAGAUGCCACAAGCAAAGGUGGUAAAGGCCGCAAAGGUCGGACCCCAGUAGUGCCAGGAACUAAGCCACCCAGGCCUCCUGUUACUCCCUCUGCCCCAUCUGUUACUGCUCCAAACUCAGCUCCAGCAGUUACAGCAUCCCCUGCCAUGAGUGCUGUUACUAUUGGGGGCAUGACUAGCACUAGCUCGCCAGCCCUUUCGAAUUCCUUAUCCUCGCCACCAACGGCCACUACCAUGGGGUCGUCUCAACUGCCAUUGCCCAUGAGAGUAACCACUCCACCAACUACAACUACAGUGCUGGGCUCUACUGCUCAGCCCACCGUCCCAGCGCCUACGUCUACUAAUUCCUUUCCACCGGUUUCAAUAGGAGGGCCGAUUCAAGGCUUUCCCCCUCAUCCAACUCCAGCCCCCAGUCAUCCUAACCCUCCUACAACUAUAGAUGGUUGGAAUCAGAAUGAUGCUCAGAAAGGUGUAAAGAGGAAAGCAGACGCCAUGGCUCCCAUGAUUGGCAACUCCACUCUAGACCCAUUUUCACCUGGGCUAGGGGAAAAAAUGGGCAAGAUAUCAUCUCGGAGAGAGUCAGGAAGACAGAUCAAGAAAGUCAACAAGGAUUUACCAGAUUCUCAGGUAACCUUGAGGGAAGCAACUCAGCCACAGCAUAGCACGAAACCAAAAGGAAAGGUUUCUGAAUCUUUUAAAAAUUGCAACGAAAUUCUCAAAGACCUUUUUUCUAAAAAGCAUUCGGGUUAUGCGUGGCCCUUUUAUAAGCCAGUGGAUGCUGAUCUUCUGGGGUUGUCGGAUUACCACGAGAUCAUCAAACAUCCAAUGGACUUGGGCACAGUUAAGAAUAAAAUGGAUAACAGAGAGUACAAGAAUGGUGCAGAGUUCGCAGCAGAUGUUAGAACAAUAUUUACCAAUUGUUACAAAUAUAACCCUCCUGACCAUGAUGUUGUAGCCAUGGCUAGAAAAUUACAAGAUGUUUUUGAAAUGAGAUAUGCCAAAGUGCCAGAGGAUGAGCCAUUUGAAAUUCACCCAGCCACGGAUUCAGAAGAGUCUGAUAGUGAGAGUGAAAGUGAAACGGAUGACUCUGAAGAUGAGAGAGAAAGAAAGUUAGUUCAACUUCAAGAGCAGCUACGUCAGGUGCAGGAACAGAUGAAGGUGGGUCUUGAUUCUUUGUUGGUAGAAGAGUCAUUAAGAAGAGGGAAGGAAAAGAAGAAAAAGACUAAAAAGAAAAGUAAAGAUCGUGAAAAAAUACUUGCAGAAUUACCGAACAUACCAGUCACCUCCGCACCCAUACUGAACCAGAGCACGCCGGCUGCAGCGGUUGUUUCUUCCACUAUAGUGCCCCCUAUAGUACCACCACCGGGCCCAGUUCCUCCUAAACCUAAGAAAAAUAAAACGAGUAACAACAAACAAAAGAGACAACGGUCUAAUGCUAGUAAAUCAAAGAAAAAGGCAGCUGGUGGAGCGCCGGGAAUGGUGUUUGAUUCUGAGGAUGAGGACAAUGCCAAACCUAUGUCAUAUGAUGAGAAGAGGCAACUUAGUUUAGAUAUAAAUAAACUUCCUGGUGAUAAACUGGGUCGAGUGGUGCAUAUCAUCCAGACUAGGGAACCUUCACUAAGGGACUCCAAUCCAGAUGAAAUAGAAAUUGAUUUUGAAACAUUAAAACCAUCAACGUUAAGAGAACUAGAAGCAUAUGUUGCUUCCUGUCUUCGAAAAAAACCUAAAAAGAUUUACACUCGACCUGAAAAAAAGAGUGUCCAGUCAAAAACUAAAGAAGAAUCUAUGGCAGAAAAGAAGCAGGAACUGGAAAAACGGUUACAAGAUGUGACGGGACAGCUGGGAACUCCUGCAGCAGCCAAGAAGACGCCCAAAAAAGAAGAAAAUAAGAGCGUUGAUGUGGUUGGAGGAGGCACAUCACGCUUAACAGAAUCUAGCUCCUCCUCUUCAGACAGUGAUUCAUCUUCAUCAUCAUCAUCAUCAUCAUCAUCAGAUUCCUCAGACUCAGAAGCAGGAAAUCGCAAGCCUAAGAAAGCCAAGCUAGACUCCUCUGCUCAAAAACAGUCUCAGCAUCAACAAAAGCAGCAACAUGAUCAACAUGAGCAACAACCACCACCACCUCAUCAAGGGGGGAGUAAAGGAGAGAGCCGUAAACCCCCUCAGUCAAACUCAACCACUUCAUCCACCAAUCACACCCCGUCCUCGGUCCACGCAACUAUAAGCAAAGGGACAUCCAAGGAGGACUCCACAGGCCGCGUACAAAGUUUGAAAGUCACUCUUGGAAUUUCUGGAAGUAAAAUUUCUUCUACAGUGUCAGAAGAUGUAAAAACAGAAGAUGUAGGAAAAUCAGAAUUAAAAAAUAUAUUGACAGGAAGCAGAGUUCCAAAAUCACAGUCACAGCUGCCUAGCAAACAGCUUCAGCAACAACAGCAGGACCAGCAAAAACAGCAGCAGGACCAGCAAAAACAGCAGCAGGACCAGCAAAAACAACAGCAGGACCAGCAAAAACAGCAGCAGGAGCAGCUAAAACAGCAGCAGGAGCAGCUAAAACAGCAGCAAGACCAGCAAAAACAACAGGACCAACAAAAACAGCAGCAAGAACAACAGAAACAGCAUGAGCAACAAAAGCAACAAGAACAGCAGCAGCAGCAAGAACAAGAAAAACAGAAACAAAAACAGCAGCAGCAGCUUCAACAGAAGCAGCAGCUAGAACAGCAGCAGCUAGAACAUCAAAAGCGACAGUUAGAACAACAAAAAAAGGAAAAACAGGAACAGCAAAAAUUGCAACAGCAACAAGAUGAGCACCAGCAACAACUGCAGCAAGAACAACAACAACAGCAACAACAUCAACACUAUCACCAACAACCUUCACCACCACCCUCUCAACAACAACAACAGCAGCAGCAACAACAGCAGCAGCAGCAGCAACAACAACAACAGCAUCAACAGCAGCAGCAACAACUUCAACAGCAUCUUCAUCAUCAUCAUCAUCAUCAUCAUCAAGAGCAGCAACCCCAUCAUCCAUCACAUUCAAUACCACAGACACCAGAAGAACAUCUACACCAUCUUCAGCUACAAGAGCAUUUAGAACAGCUUCAACAACACCAUCAUCUACAACAGCACCAUCAUUCUCAUCAUCAGCAGCAACACACAUUCUCAGGGGCACCAAUAGGUCAUAAUGUGGCUGGACUCUCUCAUCCUUCUGUGUCAAAUGGGUUUUCUGGUGAUAUGCCAUUAGGCAUGGCUCAGUCAUUGGUUAAUAGUUUGGCAGGAAUAAGUGCAAUUGCUGGUUUAGGUGGGUUAUCUGCUUUAGGACCAACUGGAUUAGAGGGUUUAGGUAGUGCAGUGUCGGGUGGAAUGUUACCUAGUCUCGUAGAUACGGUUUCUUCAAGUAACGCUGCUAUGUCUGUGGCUGCAUCCUCUAAUGCGGUACCAUCGCAUAAUUCGAUGAUGGCAAGUGGUCACGAUUCUCAACAAGAUAUACCUUCACACCUACCAGAAACAAGUUUAGCUGAUCUAAAAGCAGCGGGUCUUGAUACCAGUUUAGGUUACUACCCGUCAGUUUCACAAACACAAGGUGACCCUUCUUUGAUGCAUAAACAAACAGAAGAACAACUUCAUGCAGAUGCACAAGCAGCUUUGCAAAGAGAAAGUGCAGCAGAAGCAUCAGCACUUGCAAGUUAUUUAGAAGCACAAGACAAAAAACCACCUUCUUCAGCACCUGAAACUCCGAAGUCAUCAGGUGGAAGCUCAUUUAACAAGCCUAAGCCAACACCUAAGAACCUAAGCUCCUGGUCCUCACUAGCCCAAAGUGCCGUCCCAUCUCCUACUGCUUCAACCUCUCUCAAGACCUCUGCAAGUGAUUCAUUUGCUCAGUUCAAGAGAGUUGCAAAGGAGAAGGAAGCUCGGCAACGUCAGAUUAUUGAACAGCAAGAGCAAAGAAGACAGCAAAAGGAGCAGGUUGAAAAAGAAAGAGCAAGACAAGAAGCAGAAAGAGAACGUGCUCGCUUGGAGGAAGAAGCCCUUGAGAGAGCCAUGGAGCAAGCUAAAGAGGCAAGAGCUACUCAGGAAUUGCAAAGUAGAAGAGAGCCUGUCACCAUUAGGGAAAGACCUGCUCCCAGUGCCAAAGUGGCCACUCCAAUGACUGCAUCCACAUCACCUCAUCCACAGUUGGCAACACCUGCAGGUCCACCAAGCUCCCAUCCCCCAGCCACACCAACAUCCUCGCAUGAUAAUGCAAAACUCAGUGAUCGCGAUCGACAAAAGCUUAGAGAACAAGAACGAAGACGGAGGGAAGCGAUGGCGGGUCAAAUAGACAUGAAUCGUCAGAGUGACCUGAUGGCUGCAUUUGAAGAGCAGUGCGGAAAAUAAUUAAUAAAAUUUACCAAAAAUAUGCUCUGUUCAUGUCAGCUCUGUUCCUUGUACACAACUCAACUCAGAUAUCACCUAAGUCCCAUUAUUUGACAUGUUUUGUACAUAUAGCCAUAGCUGUGUUUAUAUUUAUUAUGGUUCUGUGAGAGUUCUUGUUGUUGCUGUACAUUUAUGUAUGAAACUUAUGGAUGUAAAUGUUACAUUUUGGCUGUGAAAUCGUCCCUUGCCGAUGCAUGUUGUCAACAGGAUGUACAACCAUUGGCCUCACUGCUUGAUGGCGCUCUAUUCAUUUGGCCAGCCCUGGAUAAAAAAAAAAAUACGAGUCCUGUUACUGCUGAAACCAAGUGAUUUUUUUGUCAUAUGAGCUAAAAUUGGCCCUUAAAGGUGCCAUGUCAUGUGACGUUAAGAAAGUCAGCUGUAUUGAUUACUGUCAAGAUCAGUGCAAGUCCUCAGCUGUUUUGAUCAUUGUCAGGAUCAGCACAAGUCCUAGCUUAUCAGUUGCAGUGUACCAGAACAUAGCAGAAUAUUAUGUUUUGUCCACCUGAAGAUAUCUUUAUUAACUUUGAUGACUCACUGAAUUCCACUGUUUUUGCUUGCAAUUUGAUUUGUUUCAUGGGUGGCAUUGACAUGACUAUGAAAGAUGUUUUGUGGUAUGUUAGAUACCUCCUAAAAUGAUAAUAUAUAUAUUUUUUAUUACCUCUGAAAAUACUCUUAUUUAAAAAGUGAGAAAAAUUUGUGAAAUAAAAUUUCAAGUGCAUGUGUGCAGUGGAAUAAAUGAAUCAUCAUAUUUUUUUUUCUUUUACAGUAUAUUGCUGUAUUGGUGCUUCACUGAGGAUAUAGGACAAUACAAAUACUCUGCAUGUGAAUAUUGUUUCAAUAUUAGAAGUGUUCUAAAGAUUCUCAGUUGUCAGUUGAUAUUGUUAAUCAGCUGCUGACAUAUGUUAUGGCUUGUUAGCCAUACAUUUAAACUUUCCAUAUUGACCAACGAUUUUCAACUAAGGAAAUGUUAAUCAAUAUUAGACUUAGGAACUUUUUUAAUAAAAUGUGUUAAAGUAUUAGGCCUAUAGGCCUGUAGACCAUCA